UAACCUUUCAGAGUUGAGAACUGCCAUAUUUGAGCCGCUUCGGGUUCGCAACAUGCAUAUUACUAAAGAGUUGGACAUUAACUUCAACAAUAUUACUUUGAUAUAAAAUGUAACGCAUGAUAAUUGUAAUUUCGAAUUUUGUAUGGAAUUUUUUAUGUAGGUGAAAUAUAAUUUUGAUGAAUAUCUAUUAUUCUAGGGAUUUUCAGUAAAACUGAAUUAUUUGCAAGAGAUACUUCUAGGAAAGUGAGAGAAAAAGAGAAUAAAGAAGAUGUGUUGUAACAACACUUUUGGUGUCAUAUUCAAAAUGUUUAUCGUCGGAGCUGUUGUUACGGUGCUAUGUGAUGGACAGUUAGAUAUACACAAAAGACUGCCCAAUGUGUUGCACCAGCUUGCGUUGAAGAAACUAUCAGGAACAUAUUUCAAUAAAGCUUUACAACGCUCAUUAGCCAAGGCAAGGGAGCGGCGCGGACAUUUGUCAGAUGCAGGUUACGGCUCAAGAGUUUCUGCAGGAUCUAACAUCGCUAGCGCCGUCAUGGCUCGACAAGGCCUGUUUGGUAUAACUGGUCCCGGAAGACGAAAGCGGCGUAAUUCAGCACGGGAGAGCAAUGGAAUAAAUACACAAAUGUUUCUACAGUACACACAAAAUACUUUCUAACAUGGAUAUUAUUCCGUUCUUUGUGUUAGUUUUAUAUUUGAACCCUUUCGAUUGUACUCCUUACGUACAGAUCAACUGCAAUAAUUCAUUAUAAUACGGCACUUUUUAAGAUUUGAUAUUAUUAGCUUCAUGUGGACAGAUCAUAUGGAGGUACUUUCACAAUCACACAGUUAAAGAAUCUUCAGAAGAAUUUAUGUGUUUUCUUUUCUUUAGAGAUACGUUGGUCUUGUUAUACAGAUGUUUGUUGCUCUAGGUAGAAUAAGUUCUGCUCACAUAAUUUCUUGAAACCCGUUCAAGAGGGUUGCGCUAAUACUGGAAUUAAAAGAACUUGUACAAAAACUGUCAGCUUAUAAUAAUUUUAGUAACAUGGGUGGGCCAAUGUUCCUACUCAACCACCAUUAAUUAAUCCUCGUAUGUUAUGAAAAGAACUGAUUCCAGGAUGCUUAAACACACUAAAUGCAUAAAAAUAGUUUUAUUUUUCAUGCUUAAUACUAGAUAUUUUUGAAUACAAUAUAUAUAUUCCGGACCAUCCAGUACUGGUUUUUCCAGGAAGCGGACUCGAGAGUGGUUCCAAUAAGCUUGAAGCUUUUGUCACAAUCGAGCUAAAACAAAUAAGUACAUGUUGUAUAAACUAAACUAACUAACUGAAAACAAUUAGAACCGAUUGUGAAGUACUCAACACAGUCUGUAACGUACUGGUGCAUAAUCAUAAUGUUGAAUAUCUGUUGGAAGAUACCGGAGUAUUCUUCAUUAUAUCAUAUGCAUACUUAGACAUGCUAACUCAAACAGAUUUGAAACAAUUUAAACCAUUUGAAACAGUUCCAAAGAACACUCAAUGUCUUCUGACGAACAUUUAAAGAUACAUAUCACAGCAUCAAAAGCAGCGGUUAAAUCUAAUUUAGAUUCAUUUUAUAUACUGAAAGACAAUUUGUAUUUAUGAGAUAUACUGUGCAUAUUUCUAGGAGUAUUUAAUAAUAUAUUCAUAACCAUAUCAACAAUUAUUAUGAACACCCACAAAAAUUAAAUUAGAUUCAUUCUGAAACAGGUUUGGAAUACUAUAAAAAAUUUAGAGAAAUAUUGAUUCACUUAUAAAUAAAUAAAUAUCACGAACAUUUUAAUAAGGCCAGCUCAAAUGUUUAGAUUUUAAUGAAACAUCUACAUCGUACAUGUACUUUAUUUUAUAUAUCCAAAAAAAUUUUAGUAACGCAAAAUAAGUAUUUAAUGUAAAAUGCAGUAUUAAUAUAUAACAUAUAAUAUUCUAAACUGGAUAAAACUCAAAUGAUUUACAGUAAGUAUCCUCAUGUACUUAUUCAUAAAAAAUGUUGAUAAAAUUCAAGCAUUUAAUUUACCGUGAAAGAUUAAAAAUGUUCUAUCAUCUUUAUUUGUGCAAGAUUAUAAUCACUCUUUCUGAAAUAAUUUUGUUGAAAAUAUGUUGCAUGGUGUUCAGUUUCAUUAACAAUGAUUAAUAAUGAUCUUUGAUAAUAAACUUUGAAACCAAUAAUUCAAGUGUUAUAUUUAGUAACGUCAUAGCGUAAAUUACGUACAUGAGCAUUUUGAAACCUGGAAGUAAAGACUAUAUUGUGUGCUUUGAGUGUUCAUGUUAUACAAAUCUAAAGUAAUUUAACAGUAAGGUUCAAGAAAAUUUAUAAUUCAAUAUUAUAAUAAUUGCGUUUACAAGAUAUCGUAUAUUUUUCUGCUUAAGUUUAAAUGGCGUUACUUCUAUCUUUAUAUCUAUUUUGUUCUGUUAUAGAAUGCUGAUAA